CUCUGGUCGUCUAGCUAUCUGCCAAAGCUAUUCUGACGUCCCUCAGGGUGGCAUGUAUACCAACAUAUUCAGUGACUUGCCAAAUCAAGUUAUCCUCGGGACCUUUACACCUUUUGGAUGUGGUAGCAUUUCUUUUCCUAAAAGAAAAAUAAUAGCAAUGAUGUUUAAUCAGGAUGGAGGAAUGGUGAUCAGCAAAAAAGGACACAUCUUAAGGGAAUGGAUGUGGCCAUCAAAGGGAAAACUUGAUGAUCCAGUUGAAGUUUGGGUGAAUAGGUUCAUCACUGUGAAGAUUUCUGGGCGUUUUGCCAUCACUUUGGUCUACAAAUGGCAUCCCCAAAGCCUGAAGCUAUCUCUGGCACCUGUAAAAUGCAAGCCUUGUCCUCCAUGCUUACCUGAGAUGUCAUGCCCUGAUACCAAUCCCACCUCCAGAGAAGCCAGGGAGUUAUUCAAGGCCUACAAAAUGAAGUGCAAGCAACUGAGAUUCACAACACAGAACGCAGAUCCUUCAAGUUUAGCAGAUCCAGUGGAUAUAGAUACAUUUGAUCCAUCAAUGGACAUAAGCCCUUUGCAUGACAUUAUCACAGCUAUCAAAUUAAGAAGACUACAAAGGAAGGUCAAGCACAUCUUCUUUGACUGGCUGAAUCACUACAGAUUUACAUUGGGAAUGGAAUCACUGCACCUUUGCAAAACGCCAGUGUUUUUUCCACAAAAAAUGAUCAGGAAACAAGAAGUGUCAUCAGCAAAACUUUCUCUAAAACAAGGUGCAAAAGAAAAGGAUGAAGAAAAGGAGUAUCUUCGAUACCGAAAUACUUUCUUGGAGCUGAAGGGUGUCUUUAAGCCUUUGCCUCUCCAUGGCAGCCGGAGGACCCCAACUAGCCAUCAGUCCCUCCGGGUUCCCCUUCCCAUUGAAAGCAAGGAUACAAGGUUUGCUUCCCCCCUGUUCUGCCCUGUGGUCCUAAGGAGAAUGUUGUGCGGGCAGGAAGGGGACAUAUGCCGAUGUAGCUCUCACAACAUCCCUGAAGUGACAGACCUGGAGUAUGAUCACCUUAUAAGCAGACAGCUGGCCUCUGUGGAUCAGAUCGUCGUAGUCUGUGUGUUCUCACCCAUGGGAAACGACAAGACUAUAAAUGAAGUGGACAAAAUGUACAGGGAACUGAAUAGAUCUAGAAGCAUGCCCUGCAUUCAGAGUCGUUUGGAUUCCUUUCGAUUGCUCAAAUACAAUAUCAUCUCUGCAUCUAAAUUUACAGGCAGCAAUUGUCCACUUCUCAUUCAAAGGCACAAUGUUGUCCCAGGAAUAUUUUUGAUGUACAUUCGGGGAAGAUUACUAUUUGCCAACUUUGUUUUCAAUGGCUAUAGCACAUCCUCUAAAGACCUUCAAAAGCAAAUUGUGAAGACGAGGAAUGAUUACCAAAGGGGAUAUUUCCUACCCGAUGACUUCAGAAUCUGGGCUUAAUCUUUUCAUGUCUUGGAAAUGAAGAUGUAUUACUCUCUAAACAACAAAACCAAAAGCCAAAGAAAUUCUUAAUAGCAUGUGGUAUCCAAUUCAAAUAGAAAAUACUGUAGAAAAAGUUAACUUGAGUGGACCAGUCUUAAUCAGCGCCAAAGAGUGAUAGUAUAGAACUAACUUUAGAGCUAGUAAAGUAUGAAAAUGAAAUGGUUCCUUUUAUUUUGGGAGCACGCAUAGAAUCCUGUACGUUCACAUGUUAAAGACAGCAGUGAAACAAGUAAUGAGAAAUAACUGCCACAAAAUCCAUUCACUUAAGCAUAAUCUGCUUUUUCUGGUUUUUAUUCUGGGUCUAUUCCCUUUUACUUUAUACAUAAUUCUAACUAGCUUAGUCAUCUGGUUUCCAAAGCAACAGCAGAUCAGAAGGCACAUUCAUUAUGAAGGUGGAGAAAGGCUACUAUCACAGGCACACUAGAGCAAAAAGUGAAAUAAAUGGAGGAAUCAGAAUGAUGAUUUAAAAACAAAGCUGUGAAAGCUAAAACAAGCACAGCAGAAUGGAGCCAUUUAGUACCGGGACAAAGACCUCUCAGCACCUAAUUAGUCUAGUAGAGUAUAACAACUCAUGACUAUUUUGA